AUGUCGGUUCCCCGCGCGGCCACAGACCUCGCAGCGAAUAAUCGCUAUGAAAUCCACGUGUUUGUCGAUGCGUCAAUUCGAGCGUUCGCUGCAGCGGCUUAUCUUCGAACGCUCGAUGAGAAUGGGAGAAUACGCGUAACCCUGCUGAUGGCUAGGCAGCGCUUGGCGCCGAUCAAUAAAAACAAGAAACCAGUAACGAUACCACGAUUAAAGCUUCUAGCCGUCCUGAUCGGAAUUCGCCUAACGAAUUUUGUAUUACAGGAAAUACGGUUAAACAUAAGUGAAAUUCGUGUGUAUAGUGAUUCACAGGUGGCUCUCAACUGGGUCCAGUCCAAUAACAAAAAUGGAACCUUUGUCGACAAUCGUUGUAUAGAAAUACGCGACAAGCUGCAGAGCUGGUCAGACAAAGGCAUAAUUUGCCAUCUACAGUACAUACCGUCCGAGCUUAAUCCGGCGGAUUGCGCGACAAAGGGUCUAACCAAGACUGAGAUGUGUAACAAUAACUGGUGGACGGGUCCUCCCUUUCUGCUCAGUGACAACUCAACAUGGCCGAAUUUAGCGGAAUAUUCCUGGAUGUCGUACGACAAACAAGAAAGUUUCGAAUCACAGGGACCACUUCAUAAUAUGCUCGCCACAAACAUUGGCAAGCACGUUCAAUUAUCAAUAUUUCAAAAAGACUAUUCAUCAUUCAAGAAAUACAAAAGAAUCCUGGUCAUGAAAUUUCUCAAAUUCAUCGUUUUCAACAAACUUUCAAUAAAGAACAAAGAAAUAUUUAAGAAAGCCAUACCUGAGAUCACAAACGUAGUGACGGACCGACCACUCACAUCAUUGCAACCCAUUGACCUCAGGAUGGCUGAACAGAAUUUGAUUAAGUCAGCACAGGCAACGAUUUACUCAAAAAAAAGCUACGCGAAACUGAAUAGUUUACAAUUAUAUACGAACGAAAACGGAAUUACUAGAUGCCGAGGAAGAAUUCAAGCCAAGCACUUGGCAAAGGAAACUCAAGAGCCAAUUCUCCUUCCGGAAAAUCACAACUUCACCAGACUACUUGUCAGCGAUAUUCACCGUCGCUGCGGACAUCAAGGCGUUAAUGGAACAUUGGCCAAUAUACGACUGAACUACUGGAUCCCAAUAGGACGACAAAUAGUCAAGAAAUAUUUGAAAUCAUGCUUGAGUUGCAAAAGAUGGUAUUCAAAACCAUUCCUUUAUUCGAAUUCCCCGCCGCUGCCGCAAUCACGGACAAUGCCAGCAGCCCCUUUUUACAUGUCGGCAUCGAUCUGGCCGGCCCGUUCCGUGUGA